AUGCGCUUGAGCAAGUUUCUCCUACCCGUGACUCUCAUCUCCAUCGCUUAUUGUAGCACUUUUACGAGCGCGGAGAACGUGAUUCAAGUCAAGAGUUCGACGACAGACUCCCAACGUGAGCUAAUGGAUGUAAGCCACCGCAACCUUAGAGGAGGCGUGGCAGAAGAUGGUGUGAAGCCGGAAGAAGAAGAUGAAGAUGAAGAGAGAAAAGGUGGUCGUGGAGUUGGUCGCGUCGGAGGUGGACUAUAUGGAGGAGGAGGAUCCAUGAUGUUUGUGCCGCGUAUGUAUCCGUACCGCGAGAAUCGCCGCAGUGAAUCGCUGGACGACUAUUUUAAGAAGAAUGGAUAUUCAGUUAAGGAUAUAGAGCACUUUAAAAAGCUUGUAAGAGAACUGCCGCUGACAAAGAAGCAAAAGAGGAUCAUUAUGAUCGCUUUUGCGAAGAUGAUAAAAUCACAGCAAUUAAAAGCUACGCGAUAG